AUGGCGCGCACGGCUCCCGCUCUCACGGCCCUGCAGCGCCGGGCUGCAGAGCGCAGCUACCCGCCGGUCCCAGCCCAUUGUGUUGUGACCGGUGGCAGCGGUUUCGUCGGGCAGCGCUUAGUAGAGAUGUUGGUGGAGCGAGGGGCGCAGCGAGUCGUGUCUUUCGACAUUCUUCCCCAGCCGCCCAGUGCCUGGCAGGACUCGCGCAUUGUCUACAUGCAGGGUGACCUUCGCCGCCGCGUAGAUGUGGACCGUGCCGUGGCCGGAGCUGACUGUGUCUGGCAUGUCGGUGCGGCUGUCGGACCCUUUCACCCAAGCGAGCUCUACGAGGAGGUCAACGUCGGCGGCUGUCGCCAUGUGGUUGAGGCGUGUCUUGCUGCCGGAGUCGGCAAACUCGUCAUGUCUUCCUCGCCGUCAACCCGCUUCGAUGGCUCAGACAUUGAUGGGCUCACGGAACUGGAGCUGCCAAAGUUGCCCCAGAAGUCGUACUUACAGGAGUAUGCAGAGACCAAAGCCAAAGGGGAGCUGGUGAUUACCCAGGCCUGCUGCGAGAAGCUGCUGACGGUGGCCAUCGCACCCCAUCAGGUCUACGGGCCGCGUGAUACGCUCUGGACGCCCAACAUCAUGGAGACAGCUGCGACAGGCAAGCUCCGCGUGUUUGGCAACGGCAGGAACCGGGCCUGCUUUACUUACGUGGACAACUACUGCCACGGGUUAAUCUUGGGGGAGCGCGCCCUCAAGGAGGGCAGCCCGGCCUUGGGCGGCUUCUACAUCUGCACAGAUGCAGACACCCAUCCUCACAGUGAGGGCUAUGCCUACCUUUGGGAGGAGGUGGAUCGCUUUGCCGUGGGUCUGGGCCUGCCAUCCGUGCUGGAGAAGUUUCACCUGCCUCAGUUCCUGAUGUAUUUCUUGGCCUACAUCUGCAACGUGGUUGGCUUCUGCCUCGGCCGAAAGCU